AUGGAUGACAAUGAUCUUUAUUUUCCUACAAGCCCUCAAAUUUAUAACAAUAGUACAGAUGAAGAUACACCAAUAAACAUGGAUCCAAUUGAUAAUAUUGAAGAAACCAAUCAAAGCCUUGAUGCGAUAGAUUCUUUCAACCAAUCAAAUUACGAUAAGCAGAUGAAUUCACAUUUAAUGUCAUGUCAUGCAAAUCCGAAUUCUAAUUUCUUACCAGAAUUGGAUAUUAUUUCUCAAGUCGAAAAUGUCCGCAAAAUCCUUACAUCAGAGUUUCAUAAUAAAGAGCAGAGCCAACUUAAUGUAGAAUCUCAAUAG